AUGAGAUACCUCACCGACGUACGCUUGAAAGGGUCCACCUUUUUGAUUAUACAGCAGACCCUCCAAGAAGCGGAAUCGCAAGGCAGCAGUGACUGCCAGGGCAUCAUGUCAAACGCAAUCAGGCGGGCUGUGGAAAAUAAGGUUCGAAAAAUGCGCUUAGAGCUCGACGAGAGAAGCGCCGGUUCCAUCUCGGUGAGCUCUCGAAGCUUUUUGAUGGAGGGGCAAGGGUCAAUCGAGAUCAGCAAGUCGCCGACGGAGGCGCAAGUGAGUAUCGUCAGAAGUCUGGUGAAAGUGAUCCUCCACCAGAUCACUAGCUUUGGCAGCUAUAAUCUCUUGGAAGGUCAGGAAAACCUUCUGGUGUCACUCUGCGUUGAAAAACUAUAUAUCGAGCCUCUUGCACGGGAACCCACCGUAGGGGGAGGGGACACAUGCACCGCAAAGGAGAUUGCCAACGUAUUUGAAGCUUCCGCGAAAGGCGGAAGCACUCGGGAAACGGCGCCCGGAGCUUCAAUACGCAAUAGAUUCACCACCAAUUGUUACUGCUGCGUAGAGGACUAUGCUCCAGUCGAGACGGCCACCAAUAUCACUGAGGAGUUCGACAAGAUUGAUAUCCAAGAAGAGGGAAAGUCUGGCCAAGACGAAGAAACUUUGAUUGCCGUACACCCGCUGCUUUCAGGUGUGCCAUUGUCGAGCGAAACUUUGGCUCAAAGUCAUAUUAGUCUUCUACCAUCGUCUCAGUACGAGGGUUUAUGGGAAUCGCUGCAGUUUGACGAGAACAUCAAACAAAGACUGUUUUCUUAUGCCACGAUAUCUCUAAAACUUUCUCAAUUCUCUCAGCAGAAGGUUUCGCAAGCGCUGGUGUCCAGCAAUAAGAUCCUUUUGGUGCAUGGCCCACCAGGCACCGGUAAAACGACGGUUUGCAAGGCUUUGUGCCAGAAGCUCGCCAUUCGAUACCAAAGAAAGACGCGGAAAGUCUUCCAGCAGAGUGGCUACAACGCUCUGAUGAUAGAGCUGUCUUGUUCCCGUAUAUUCUCCAGAUGGUUUGGAGAAUCUGCCAAAAAUCUGGACAAGAUCUUUCAGGAUAUCGAGAAUCUUUUGAACGACGAAUGCAAUAACAAACGUUUUAUCUGUUUGCUCAUGGAUGAGGUGGAAACACUCGCUUCCUCUAGAUCAUCGCUGAUCAGCAAAAACGAGACUACAGACGGUAUAAGGGUGGUCAACACUUUGUUGACUAGAUUGGAUAGCCUGAAGAAAUACGACAACUUCUUGAUAAUGGCCACUUCAAACUUAUUGACUUCACUAGAUGAAGCAUUUUUGGAUCGUGCAGAUGGUGUUUUUUAUUUGGGGAAUCCUUCGGAACAUGGCACACGCAUGAUAUUAGCGUCCACGAUUAGUGAGCUUCUCCAAACAGGGGUCAUUUCCUGCCAAAACAGCCGAAACUUGCUUUACACAGAUGACAUCCAGAAUUCAAUUGGAUAUAUUGCUCAGCAAUGUGUCCUGGCUGAUAUUAGCGGCCGAACUCUGAGAAAAUUGCCCUUAGUAUGUCUCUCGGAGCACUUGUACUCACUGCCUGUGACCCUCCGCGAAUUUAUGUUGGCUUUAGCGAUGACGGUUAAACAGAAAACUGCUUGUGCUCAAGCAUUAUCCCAGCGAUGA